UUGACAAGUUCCGGUUACAUGAAAAAAAUAAUAACAAAUGACCUACAUUUAAAUUCUAUAUAACCAUGACGGUCCAAUAUUAUUCGCCGUUUUUGGCAGAGGACAUGGAAUUAUUCGCCAAAGGCUCGGCCGUCAGAUUACGGAACUGCCACGAAAAGUACCUCACCGCCGAAGAUGACGAACGAGCCGUCCGUCAAAGCCGUAACGGACAGUCACGGCAAUCGAUAUGGACGGUGGAGAUGGUGCCACGUAAGCCAGACGUUAUCCGACUCAAGAGCUGUUACGGCAAGUACUUGACGGCAAGCGAGACGCCGUUUCUGCUGGGCAUGACAGGCGAGAGAGUUAUACAAACGGCGCCGUUUCGCCAGGCGGAGUACGAGAGCGACUGGGAACCGAUCAGGGACGAUCUUCCGGUGAAGCUCAUGUCGUGGAACGGCAAGUUCUUGCGCGCCAACGGCGGAAUGCCGCCGUGGAAGAACUCCGUCACGCACGAUCACGAGCCGUACACGUCAGCCACUAGGAAGUGGAUCUUGUGGUUUGUGGAGAUCGUCGAGAAUCCUGAAACGGCGUCGUUUGCCGAUCGUUUUUCUUCACCGGCGUCGAGUUUCGGUUCUUCCGUCUCCGCCGGGUCAAUCCCCGGGUCACCCGCCGCGAAGAAGUUAUCGAGCUUUGGCUCUUCCACCUCUGCCGGGUCGGAUCCUGGGUCACCCGCAUCAGUUUCGUCAAAACUUCCGUUCACUCCGUCAUCGAACCCGGCGUCAAAACAGACGAAGAAUUCGUCCAGAAUCGACGUAACAGCGAUAGAGUUCUUCCACAACGCCAAAUCGGUGCGAUUACGCAGCGUCCACGACAAGUACCUCGUGGCAGAAGACGACGAAGAGACAGUGACUCAGGGACGAAACGGGUCAUCGAGGAACGCCAAAUGGGUCGUGGAACCCGUAUCCGGAUCCGGGAACGUGAUCCGGCUCAAGAGCUGUCACGGCACCUACUUGACGGCGUCGCACGAGCGGUUUCUGAUGGGAGCGACGGGUCGGAAGGUGGUGCAGUCGAGGAGCAGUGGCCGGUCCGGCGAAUGGGAGCCCGUGAAAGAAGGGUCGAAGAUGAAGCUGAAGAGCCGUAACGGCGGAGAGUAUCUCAGAGCAAACGGUGGAAUUCCUCCAUGGCGGAACUCGGUCACGCACGAUACGCCGAAGAGGACGGCUACUCAGGAUUGGGUUGUAUGGGAAGUCGACGUGGUGGAGAUUACAGAGAGCUUCCAUGGCGGCAGGAGAGAGAAUACGAGUUAAUGGGUGAGCUUCGUGCGUUCAGAUUCAGACAUCUCCCGUUCUGUUGAACUGAGUUUGGUUUGUUCUCAUCCAUCUUACAUUGAGAAUCGAGAUCCUCUGAACUUUUGGCGCGAAUCUGGUUUUCCUGAAACUACGGAAGAUUGUCUUGAACCGACAUUUCAUUCCUAGAUCUCUUUUGUUUUCCUAUUUUAAGACAUUCGGUUAAUUGA